CAAGAGUCCGCAGGGGAAAAGGAAAAUGAGAGGUUUAGCAGGCAACAGGAAAACCGCUAUGAGAACACAUUCCAGGCCGAGCAGACCCUGUACGGGACAAUAAGGGGUGGGACAAAUCUGUAUACUAUUUAAAAAAAAAAAAAAAAAAAUCUGCAAUCUUGUCUUUAAAUCAGGAACACGGACGAAAAACCCAAACUGUUGUUACUUAAACGCGACGUUGCUCGCGAGGCUGGCAAAGCGGAAGGAGUCCGAAUCGACGUCGAUGGUUCGUGUCGUCGGUUUAUCAGAGCAGAUUUGGACCGAGAUGAGAUAGGCUGCAGCCCGCUGUCUUACCUCGACCUGACAUGGGUUUUCUCUGACAGACAGCGGCACCACGUUUUCACUUUUCAUGUGCGCUUUUGAGGAGUAACUUGUUGUACUUGUUUUUAUUGCCGGGAAAAAAAAAAAACAGUGGGCGAGCGUUUUUUCUUUCUUUCUUUCUUUCGAGUUUUUUUUCAUCGAAGCUGGAAAGGAUGUGAGGCUCGCCUGGAUGACACAUCUGCAACCGAGUCCCUCACACGAGAAGAAGUAAACCGAUAAACAACUUUUUAAUUUUUUUUAAAAAAAUGAGUGCAUUUUUUAGACACGCCUUUUGUAUUUGAAAUCACUUUGGCCACGGAGGAACACUUCAAGACGUAUUUGAUAUGGGAGACGUGUGGCGAUCUCUUCUGUCCAGUUAAAAGUCGAGCAGAACACAGAGAUGGGGAGCUCUGCUCUGCUCACGGUGGCGCUAGCUGGAGUUUUUCUGUGGAUUUCUGCCAUUUAUGCAGACACAGAAGAUGGCGGGAAGCUGCUGUGUACGUGUGAAAAUAACAAGGGCACAUGUCAGAAUGGGACCUGCAAGGGGAUCCGCUGUUUCUAUAGCUGGGUCAUGGGCGUGGAGGAGAGGGGCUGUUUCUCCAAUAACCUCCGAGAGCACUGCUCGGCCUCCUUCCAGGGCGUCUACAUGCACUGCUGCGCAGAGGCCAUGUGCAACCGCUUCACCACGGCGCCUCCUUUCACCGAUAAAGAGCCGAAGACAACGGUCCCGGGACCCGCUGACCCGGACCUGCGGAUCACCGUGUCUCUGCUGCUGUUAUUCGUGACUGCCAGCGCGUGCGGCCUCGUGCUCUUCCUGUACUUCCGGCGUUCACACUGCAAACCGAAAAACACUGAAAACCACGAUGCCACUAUGCUCAAGCUCCCCACCGGAGAUGACCCUACAUACGACGAUAUCUUUGAUGAAUUCUGUACAUCAGGGAGCGGGACAGGGCUUCCAUAUCUGGUCCAAAGGACUAUGGCCAGACAGAUCUCACUUGCCGAGUGUGUCGGUAAAGGCAGGUAUGGGGAGGUGUGGAGGGGGACGUGGAUGGGGGAGAGUGUAGCUGUCAAGAUUUUCUCCUCCAGGGACGAGCAGUCCUGGUUUAGAGAGACGGAGAUCUACAACACCGUCCAGCUGCGUCACGACAACAUACUGGGUUUCAUCGCCUCUGACAUGACGUCCAAGAAUUCCAGCACGCAGCUCUGGCUCGUCACCCACUUUCACGAGCUGGGUUCGCUUUAUGACUUCCUGCAGUACAGCAGCCUGGAGCCAGAGAGCUGCCUGAGGAUGUGCCUGUCUGUGGCCUGUGGCCUGGUCCACCUCCACACCGAGAUCGUCAGCUCGCAGGGGAAGCCCGCAAUUGCCCACCGGGACCUGAAAAGUCGCAACAUCCUGGUGAAGCGGAACGGACAGUGCUGCAUCGCCGACCUAGGUUUGGCGGUGAUACACUUCCAGUCCCACGACUACCUCGAUGUGGGCAACAACCCUCGUGUGGGGACCAAGCGCUACAUGGCUCCCGAGGUUCUGGAUGAGACUAUUCGCGUGGAAGUCUUUGAGUCUUACAAGCAAACGGACAUCUGGGCCCUGGCCCUGGUCUUCUGGGAAAUUACCCGCAGAACCAUUGUUAAUGGGAUUGUUGAAGAGUACCGGCCUCCCUUCUUUGACCUGGUGCCCUCAGAUCCCAGCUUUGAGGAGAUGAAGAAGGUGGUGUGCGUGGACCAGCAGAGGCCGAGCCUGCACAACAGACUCCACUCCCACCCAAUCCUGACGGCCAUCGUAAAGAUCAUGAAGGAGUGCUGGUUCCAGAACCCAACGGCCCGUCUGACGGCCCUGCGGGUGAGGAAGACUCUCUCCAAACUGGACCACGACAGCGACUUCAGCAUCGAGAAACUCAAGCAGGACGUCUAGACCGAAAGGAUGAAACGGGGCCACACACGAGACUGAAAACACCAGGAGGGAAUUUGCAACACAUUCCAUCAAAAUGAGGUGCAUGUCAUUAGCAUAUUUUGAGCUAAUGACUCACCCAGUAACUACGUCGCAUUAAAACCAUAUGACUUUGAGCUUGGAGCUUAAGUCUAGACUGUCUUUUACCCCCAAGGCUGUGUUUCCUGUUUGGCGUAGGCUCAUUUUCAUUUGAUGCCUCGAAGCGAGGAUUCCCAAAAAGAUUUUUUUUUUAUGUUCUGCUAAUGAAAGAUCAGGCAUUUCUACAGCAGAAUCAGUAUCAAGGAACAACAAGAGUGUCUCCAAACACAGUUCUUUACUCUCUCUUUUUUUUUUUUGUCUAAAUCUCCGUGUUGUCGUGACUGAAUGGAAAAUCUAGCAUGGCACAUUACUCAUCCUCUUAUCAAGUGGGAGGAUUUUAUGAUACACAGUAUAAUGUAUGUGUUUUCCCGAAAUGACCACUGCCACUUAAAACCACAAAGAGCACAAAGUUCUGCAUUAUUACAAAUUACAGGAAAUGUGUGUGAGUAAUAACAUGCUCUUGACUCUUAACUUAAAAUAAACAUCUAUUUUCUGCACAUAGACAGAUCAAGCUUUUAAGUUGUACAUAUUUCAACAGCACUGAAGCUGUUUUCUUGUAUCACUAUUGUAAAUAUAUUGCAGAAGGAAUAUUAUUUUCUAUUAUCCAACAAGGAGGCACAUUUUAUAUACAUUUUUAUACACAGCUUUUCCAGAUAUUUGUUUUUACAUGCCCGUAGCCGUAGGCCUGAAAUGAGCCAUCACAAUCACUAUGGUCAAUAAAGGAGUUCACAAACAGACAUGUAACGCUGUAUAUCUUGAAUAAAGGAUCGUAUUUUUCAA